AUGGCGGGCCCAAUUCGGCAACCUAUAGACAUCAAGUCGCUCGAAAGGUACCUGGAGAGACAGGUCCCGGAAAUCAAGACACCACUUGAUGUCAAGCAGUUUGGUUAUGGUCAAUCUAAUCCCACCUAUCUCUUGACGUCCUCGGACAAGCAGAAAUACGUCUUACGCAAGAAGCCUCCUGGCAAGUUGCUAUCAAAAACCGCACAUAAAGUCGAACGAGAGUAUAGAAUUCUGCAUGCUCUCGAGAAAACAGAUGUCCCUGUUCCCAAGACUUUUUGCUUGUGCGAGGACGAUGCUGUUAUCGGCACAGCUUUCUACAUCAUGGAGUUCCUGGACGGCAGGAUCAUCGAAGAUCCAUCUCUGCCGGAUGUCAGUCCCGAGCAUAGGAACGAGAUGUGGCGGGCUGCAAUAACAACCCUGGCCAAGUUCCAUCGCGUAGCUCCAGCUUCAGUAAACCUCGCAUCUUACGGAAAGGCAAAUGGCUUCUAUGAUCGUCAACUUGCGACAUUCAAUACAAUCCAGGAUGCCCAAGCCAAGGCUGUUGACGUGGAAUCGAAGGAGCCUGUGGGAAAGAUCCAACAUUUCGACGAGAUGGUUGCUUUCUUUGGCAACAAAGGCAGCCAACCUCAAGAUCGCAGCACCUUCGUCCAUGGUGACUACAAGAUUGACAAUGUGGUCUUCCACAAAACAGAGCCAAGGGUUAUAGGAAUCUUGGACUGGGAGAUGUCAACAAUAGGCCAUCCUCUGUCCGACUUGAGCAAUCUGCUCUCUCCAUUUACUCUCGCAGAUUCUCCCAUUGCCCGAUCAAUCGGAAGAGGAAGUGAAAUAUUCCUCCCUGGCAACACGCCUGGCCUCCCGACAAAGCAACAGUGUAUUGAAUGGUACAGAGAAGUAGCCGGGUGGGACCCGCGCCCCGACGUGACAUGGGGUGAAGCAUUUGGAGUUUAUCGGAACUGUAUCAUCAUGCAAGGCAUUGCAGCGAGAUAUGCCCUGCGCCAGGCAAGUAGUGCUCGGGCACAGCAGUACGCAGCACAAAUGGGGCCCUUUGCCACAGUCGGUUGGGAGCUGGUUCAGCAAUGUCAGAAGGAACGAAGCAAGCAGGGCAGCAAGGCUAAGCUGUAA